GUGGAAUACCUUGCUUCAUGGGUAGUCGAAAUGGCCAUGCUCCCAUAUUCCUUUGAGAAAGAAGUGCAGAAAUGCUUGCGGAAUGCACACUACUUCAAAGACCGCCUUAUCGAGGCUGGGAUUGGUGCAAUGCUUAAUGAGCUUAGCAGCACGGUUGUAUUUGAGCGACCACAUGAUGAAGAAUUUAUACGCAAGUGGCAGUUAGCAUGCAAGGGGAACAUCGCUCAUGUGGUGGUGAUGCCAAACGUCACUAUUGAGAAGCUUGAUGAUUUUCUAAACGAGCUUGUGCAGAAGCGUGCUACCUGGUUUGAAUAUGGUACAUUUCAACCGUAUUGCAUAGCAUCAGAUGUAGGUGAAAACAGUUGCCUAGCCUAUGUGCUCAUCAUAAGUAAUUGGAGCAUCUAAUUGAACCUAGAGUUU